AUCCGAACUCACGCUGCGUGUGGAUUCAAACCAUAUUGCCAGAUCAGAAAUUGACCAUGUCUCUUUAGUUACAAAACAAAAUCUAAACACGAACACAUCUCCCAGUUGCUUUUGCACGGCACCAAAAUUUAGGCCCCAAGAGGAAGCAAGAACAAAGACAAGAAAAUAAUAAAAAUGGGGCGUGGACGUGGAGUCAGCUGUGGUGGUGGACAAAGCUCUUUGGGGUAUUUGUUCGGAGGUGGAGAGACAGCUAAUGCUAACAAAACCCCAAAAACUACUAACAACACACCACCACCACCACCUCGGAAUGCUAACCCAGCUCCUGCUCCAGCUCCAGCUCCUGCUUCAUCACCGAUUGAUAAGCAGCUUCCAGCCGGCAUUCACAGCAAGCGUACGAACAAUUACUUCCGAGUUGAUGGCCAGAACUGCGGAAAUUUCAUCACGGAUCGUCCAUCGACCAAGGUUCACUCCGCUCCCGGCGGCGGAUCAUCCCUUGGCUACUUGUUUGGUGGUGGGAGUGGGAACUGAUUCUUGCUUUUGUAGAAAUCAUCACAUCAGCAACUGAAUAAUAGCAAUGAUAAAAUAUACAAUUGUGUAUAUAUACAUAUAUAUGUAUAUAUAAUUCAGAAAUAUGAAUACCUAUAUACUCCAAAAAUGUCAUGUUUGCAAAUUGUAAUGUUGUAUGAUGGAUGGAGAUUUGAUUACUAAAUCCAAAUGAAACGCAUAAUGCACUAGUUCUGCA